AUGUUUGCCGAUGAUCCUGAUACGAUUGCACCUCCUCGAAGAACUUUUGCACAAAAACUCCAAGAUGACCUAGACGAACAGCAAACAUCCACUCUUCGAUAUUAUCUGAGACUGGGAGCAAAAGAUCUUCCGAAAGAUAGACAAGUAUUUAAAACUCUCUACGGAAUUACGGACGAACAGUUGACGAAAGAACCAGAUUUAAUGACAAUAGCGAACGAUUUUUCUCUCAUCUCAAGACAUUGUAGAGAUUUUGACGAUAAAAAAAUUUUUGAAAAGUUUUUAGAGACGAUCAUAAAGAUUACCAAUCAUUUCGAAGAAUCUCAUGACGAUUUUAAUCAGGUAUCAACGAUUAUUAAAGACUGGGGGGAUGCAAUGAGGGAAGGAAAUGAUGAUGCCAGCGAAAAACGUAAAAAGGAGUUCGAAGAUUGGCAUAAACUUGAGAAUAAUUUUAUCGAAGAAGUUUAUGGAGAAACCAAGGAUGUUUUUGAGCAAGUUGAUGAAUUUAAAAAUGAGACAGUUAAUGAUUGGGAAUUUAAAGUGAAAGAUUCGGUUUUGAAGAUAGAAAAGAAAUCCAAGAAAUCCAGGAAAAACUAUCCAAAUUCAUUACUAAAAGACAUCCAACAACUCGGAAAAGCAAUUAAUGAAGCUUUAAUUACUAUGGAGAAUGUUACAAAUGACCUAAAAAAAAUAAUCACGUACACCGAAAGAAUAAAGGAAACGCUUCCCAAGAUAAUUGAUGAUCGAGGCCCGAUCUCUAUCAAGAAGAUAUACUUGGAUGAUAUAAAGAAUAAGUGGCAAGACUUGGGUAAGUUGGCAAGCGCAAGUCAUAAUAGGGCUUUUAUUAUGGUCCAAAAAAAGGAAAAGGAAGAAGGUCAUUAA